AUGAGGAGCUUGACAUGGUGUUUCGCAAUCCUGGUGCUUGGGCCUCCUGCCCUUGCAUCAGAAGAUGUUCCCGAACUCCCAUCGCGAGAUAGCUUCUACACACCAAAAGCCUCCAACUGGACCGACGAGGACGUAGGCACAGUUCUCGAUUAUCGCAAGGUAACUAUCGAUCUGCCUGUCUUACCAGGUGGUGAUAUCGAGUUCGAGGCCUUCCAACUACUCUACGUAACGCAGAACCUGCACGAAGAGAAGGCCACAUCUGUCACAACGAUUAUCGUCCCGGAAGGAGCCAACACCAGCCGGAUCCUGUCCUACCAGAUUGCUUACGAUGCGCCCGACAUCAACUGCUCUCCCUCCUACGGGUUGCAGAAAGGUGCUAAUAAGGCUGCGGCUGGGUGGUCUCUUAACCAAAUGAUCUUUGUCGCCGAGGCUCUGGCCGACGCCGGAUCGCCGGUUCUGAAUAUCCCCGACUAUGAAGGAUCCAACGCCGCAUUUACUGUAGGCCCCCAGAGCGCCUAUCAGACCCUGGAUUCGAUCCGCGCUGCGAUGCGAUCCGGAGAUAUUACGGGUAUCGACAAGGACGCGGAGUCUGUCUUGUUUGGCUACUCCGGCGGCGGAUAUGCGUCGGAAUGGGCUGUUGAGUUCCAUCAUGACUACGCAAUGGACGUUAAUAUAAUCGGAGCUGCGAUCGGCGGACCUCCACCGAAUAUCAUGAAAACGUACAAAAAUGUCAAUGGAAUCCUUUCGACGUUGAAUGUUUGGGCCAUGCUCGGUGUGAUGAAUGCCAUUGAUGACAUCAAUAACUGGAUGGAUGGAGAUCUGAAAGUUGAACACCGUGAGAAAUUCCUCGGGGCUCGUCAGCGUUGCAGCGAGCCUGAGGAUAAACCCCCGAAGAUCCCUACUUGGGCCAAUAUCAACAAUUGGUUCGAAAGCGGGGACGAAUUCCUGACGAGGUUCGAGUCGAAUCUUACGGAAAUUGGCGUUAUGGGAAACCGUAUCACGGACGAGACGGCACCCAAGUUUCCUCUUUAUAUCUAUCAGGGCACAGCGGACAUCAUUACAGCUCCGUAUAAAGACACAAAAGCACUGAAGGAAAAGUUUUGUGAACAUGGGACCUCUGUCUUCCUGGUGAAAUGGACGGGACUGGGCCAUGGUGGCACUCUUUUUGCUGGCACUACUUGGGCCAUGAAAUGGAUCAAAAAGGUUUUCAACCACGAUGAGAUCCAAAACGGUUGUCACGAAGAAGAACAGGAAGUGGCUUUAGCCGCUGGAGAUCUUGCUGGAUUAUUCGGAGACCAUUAUGAUGACAGCGAGCAUCCUACCGGUAGAGGCCUUGGUUGGGGGGGCAACAACGACCCGCUCUUUAUCCAGAGUGGAACACGAGCAGCGGAUGUAUUCGAAAAGGCAGAGCUGUGA